AUGAAUGGCGAGGCCGCUUCCGCGAACCAGCGGUUGGGUGUGGCCCGGAAUGACGCUCUACAAGGCGCCACGCUUGCAUUCCAGCACUCCAGGGACCCCUCACCCAAUGUGAGGGCUACCAAUGUGAGGGCUAGUACACCUUCUACUGCAAUGGCAAGUGAUCAUCGUCCUCUAAGUCGUCAGAGGACUGGAUCCGAUGCCCCCGAAGUGGGAUCCGUAAAGGAUAAGAUUGGGAGAUUGGCCAGACCACUUUCGCCUCCAGCCAAUACAUCAUUAAGUGUGAGAGGACGAACCUCAGCCGCCUCCCUCUCCUCAGCCUCCCAAAUUGCGGCACGGCUCGCUGCGUCGAGAUCCCCUGGGCGGGAUACCAGUGUUCCGUCGACAACCGCCAGACUUGGCGCAGGUGCAGCACGAAGUGCGAGUCGAGUGCCACCCUCACCAGAAAAGCGACAGCUACCAGCACCAACCCCGCUUCGCUCGACCCAAGGGAGAGAUAUUCCCCCUGGAUCGCAUGUUGCACGAAAAUGGCUUAAAAUCCGACUCAGAUCUGCCUAUAUACGGGCGCUCGCCAUCCCAACAAUCCAAAUCAACUCUAAAUUAUCAGGAUGGUCGAGAACCGAGCCCCCAUCCCUCCUUUGA